AUGUUAAGAUCAAACAUCAUCAAAAACUUAUCCACAAAGAGGUUCUAUUCGGAAGUUUUAAACUCUUCAAAACUUCAAAUCACCGAUUUAUCAAAUGGGAUCAUCGUCGCCACUACUAAUAACUUGUCAAACCCAGCUGACCCUCCAACCAUUGGAUUAACUUUUGGUUCGGGUUCUUCUUCGGAAACUCCAUACAACAAUGGUAUUUCCAAUAUCACUUCUAAGAUUUUCCAAAAUAAUUCCAACUUGGCUCAAGCUUCUCAAAAUGGGUUUAAAUUGAAUUCCAUCGUCGAGAGAGAAUAUCAAAAUUAUUCAGUCACUUUGAAUAAUAAAGAUACUUUAGGUGCUUUGAAAUUCUUACAAAAUAGUUUUGGUGAAAAUAAUAAAUCUCUCUCUGAAGCAAAUGUUGCUGAAGCCAAAUCAAAAGUCUUGAAUCAAUUGGAACAAUUCGAAGCUGUUGAUCAAAAUAGUAGAAUCAUCGAACAUUUACAUUCCACUGCAUUCCAAAAUACUCCUCUAUCUUUACCAAAGAGAGGUACUGUUGAAUCAGUUGAAAAUGUAGAAACCUCAGAUGUCCAAGCUUUUGCCAAUAAAAAUUUCACCAAUUCAAAUGUGGUCAUUGUAGGUUCAGGUUUCAAUGAUGUAGUUGCUCAUAAGGAAUUCGUCAAACAAGUCGACUCUAUCAUUUCUUUAAAUAAUUCGGAAUUGAUCCCUAAGGAUCAAUUGAAACCUGUAGCCAAAUCCACUUUCUUGGGUUCAGAAGUAAGAUUGAGAGAUGAUACUUUACCAAAGGCUUGGAUCACUAUUGCAGUGGAAAGUGAACCAUUAACUUCCCCAGAUUAUUUAACUGCUAAAUUGGCUUCAGAAAUCUUUGGUUCUUACAACGCUUUCGAACCAAGAUCAAGAUUACAAGGUGUUAAAUUAUUGGAUAAUUUGCAAGAAUAUCAAUUAUGUGAAACUUUCAAUCAUUUCAAUUAUAGUUAUAAUAACACUGGGUUAUGGGGGUUCUCCACUGUAACCACCAAUUUCUCUCAAAUUGAUGAUCUAUUACAUUUCACUUUGAAACAAUGGAACAGAUUGACAAUCUCAAUAACUGAACAAGAAUUAGCAAGAGGUAAAGCUUUAUUGAAAUUGAAAUUAGGGUUACCUGUUUCCAACUCAAUUAACAAUUCCAUCAUAGGUUCUAAUAUCUUAAGUCAAGUGUCUCCAAUUGAUCAACCAAAUGAUUCAACUAACUUAUUGGAAACUUAUAAAAAAAUUGAUUCCAUAACUAUAGCUGAUAUGAAGAAUUGGGCUUCCAAGAGAUUAUGGGAUCAAGAUAUCGCCAUUGCCGGUGCAGGUCAAAUCGAAGGGUUAUUAGAUUACAUGAGAAUGAGAAACGAUAUGUCCAUGAUGAGAUGGUAG